AAUCACGACGUGCCUGCAAAAAAAAAUAAUUCUGUACGUCAACAAUCAAGAAUUUUUGUCGCAUUAAUUAUUAAUUCUUUAUAUCACUUAAUAUAUUUAUGUAUAAAACUUAGUGAUUUAUUUAGUGAAUUGUUUUUUAAGUGAGAGAUAUUUUUAGAAUAUUUUUUAAUCGUUAAUUUUGGGCGCCAUUUUGUAUGUGCCGGUGGAUUUUACGUAUAGACUUGUCAAAAAUUAGUGACACAAAAUAAAUUUUCAUCCUACUAAUUAUAUUAAUUAUCUGUAGUUUUCGAUAAUCAGAAGUCUUAAAAGGCCUUUGGUUGCUUCUUGAGGGGUUAAUUCUACAAUGAUAAUUUAAAUCAAUUUGAAAUAUGACUAUUGCAACUAGAGGCCAAGGAAUCACAGGAGACACUAUUGAAGCGCAGAGCCCUGUACCUGGACCAUCAGAGUCGACCGUCGAUGAAUUACAAAAUGAAAACUCUGAGCCUGACUUUCCUCGUGAUAAAUUAGCCUUGCUAGAUGAGAAAAUAUCCAAUUUGAGAUGGGUAGUGCCAGUUUUACCAGAUCAGGAGUUAGAAUGUCUCUUAAAAGUCUCCAUAGAUUUAGCACGGAAGAACUUAGAUACUCGAUCCGAGGCAUGCCAGAGAUUCUUUCGAGAAGGCUUGACCGUGUCCUUCACGAAAAUAUUAACAGAUGAUGCAGUGUCUAGUUGGAAACCUAACAUUCACUCUUGUAUCUAUCAGAAUUGCUUGAAACUCAUAGAAUUAUGUGUGGCCAAGUUGCCUCAAGACUGGUUCCCCUUGUUAGAUCUAUUAGCAAUGGUUUUAAACCCAAAUAAUAAAUUUCAUAGUUUCAAUUCAUCGAGGCAGAGCGAAACUGUGGGGCCUACCUCAAAUUUAACCGAAGAGGAAUUGUUCGCAAGGCCUUCUACGGAUCCUAGGAAUCCCCGAGGAUGGCUGGUCGACCUUAUCAAUAGGUUCGGAGAGCUGGGAGGUUUCCAACACCUUUUAGACAGAUUUCAGACUGGGAAGAACUUGAGUGUUUCUGUGGUCUUUGCUCUCCUUCGGCCGUUUGGAUUAUGCUACGAGUUUCUGACUCCCCACACAAUAAAUAAAUAUAUUCUGCCUGUAUUGGAAAUGGUGCCGGGCAUCCUAGACAAACUGACGGACGACGAACUGAAGAGGGAGGCGAAGAACGAGCAGAAGAGCGACAUCGUGUCCGCCAUAAUAAAGUCGGCGAAGAAUCUCGCCUCUCGGGUGCCCAAUCAGGAGGAGUUGAUCCGUACCCUCGAAGGUUUCAGGCUCACCAUGAUAUUAAGGCAGUUGCAGAUUUCCAGUUUUAAUGGGAAGAUGAAUGCACUUAACGAGAUCAAUAAGGUCAUAUCUAGCGUAACUUAUUAUCCCAAUAGGCAUCACGGAAUGGAGGAGGAAGAGUACCUUACUCCGGAACGUAUGGCUAAAUGGAUAAACGAAAACAAAGUGUUAGAGAUAGUAUUAAGAGAUUCCCUUCACCAACCCCAGUAUGUAGAGAAAUUAGAGAAAAUCCUACGUUUUGUGAUAAAAGAGCGGGCGCUGAGCCUGUCGGAUCUGGACGCAGUGUGGGCGGCCCAGGUGGGCAAACACGAGGCCAUCGUGAAGAACGUGCACGACCUACUAGCUAAAUUGGCUUGGGACUUCAGCGCCGAACAACUUGACCACCUGUUCGAAUGUUUCCAGAACAGCUGGACCUCGGCUUCCAAGCGACAGAGGGAACGGCUCUUGGAGCUGAUCCGCCGCCUGGCGGAGGACGACAAAGACGGGGUCAUGGCGCACAAAGUUCUGACGUUAUUCUGGAAUCUCGCCCAUGCCGAGGACGUGCCGACCGAAAUAAUGGAUCAGGCGCUCUCCGCUCACGUCAAGAUCUUAGACUAUAGUUGCUCUCAGGAAAGGGACGCCCAGAAGACUGUUUGGUUGGAUAAGUGCGUGGAGGAGUUGAAGAACGGCGAGAAGUGGGUCCUGCCGGCUUUGAAGCAGAUUCGAGAAAUCUGUACUCUGUACGAGCAGAAUACGAACGGGGGACACGCGCAACGCACCCACCACAUCUACUACAGGCAGGAGGUCAUAGAGAGGCUGCAGAAUCAGCAUUCGUUGGUAAUCUUGGUCACAAACAGCCUCACCACUUACAUGGACCAUUUGCGUACGCUUUACAAGGAGAAUCCCGAGCUGACUAGCGAGACCUAUGUCCCCGACGGCCGGUACUGUCAUGCUUUACAAGUUCAAGAAAGACUGCAUUUUCUCAGAUUCCUCCUAAAAGAUGGUCAACUGUGGUUGUGCGCGGAGCAAGCGAAGCAGAUCUGGCAGUGCCUAGCGGAAAACGCCGUAUUCCAGUCGGACAGGGAGGCCUGCUUCAAGUGGUUCUCGAAAUUAAUGGGCGAGGAACCAGACUUGGACCCCGGCAUAAACAAAGACUUCUUCGAAAACAACAUAUUACAGAUAGACCCCGUUCUACUGACCGAGAGCGGCAUCAAAUGUUUCGAGAGAUUCUUCAAGGCGGUCAACACCAAGGAAGGCAAGCUGAAGAUCAAACGGAGGUCCCUGCUGACGGAAGAUCCCGACCUCAUCGGAUUGGACUACCUCUGGAAGGUCGUAACUUCGUGCCCGGACGACAUAGCGGCGAGAGCCAUAGAACUGCUACGAGAAGUGAGCACCAACUUGGGCCCGAGAUUGCUACAGUCCCAGUUGGAAUUCCACGAGAAUUACAUAACGGAAUGCUACGACAGGCUCCGGGCCCACUACGACACCGUCACGGUCCUGCAGAAAUCCUCGAAUGACAAGGAGUUUGACACCAAUCAAAUCCAGAAUCGGAUCAGGGGCGAGGCGGUGAAAAUGUGCCGGGUGCUGAAAGUGUUACACGAGUAUAUUAGUGAAUGUGAUAAUGCUUUCGUGGGGGAGAGGAAGAUCCUGCCCUUGCACAGGGCCUGUCACGGGAAGCACCUUUCUUUGAUCGUGAGGUUCUCCAGUCCGAGCAGGCAGGUGGAGGAUUUGGAAUUAUACACGCACUCCAACGAUACGUUGGCCUCCUUGAGGAAGUACAUUCUGAGGAGGAUAAAGCCCGGGAUCCAUUGCAAGUUGGAGCUUUUCGUUAACGGGGAGCCGCUCGAUCCCGCCGAUGAUAGGAAACUGUUGUCGCAGAUUCCGAUUCGAGACAAGAUGCUCAUUUCGGCCAAGGUGAUACAGAUAAGCUCGAACAUAGCCUCCUCCCAAGACAGCAGUUCGGACAGCUCUACCUCCUCCCCGCAACACCCUUACGACGGACCGAACGUCGAGGCGGAAAACCAACUUCCGGGCGUCCUCAUGUCGCAACAGCAGGUCUACGCUCAGUUCUUCUGUCAAUUAAUGGCCCUGGGCAGCACCCUGGACUUUCCUAUACUCAGGAACGGGGGCCAUGCUCUCUUACAGUUGAUACCCUGUGACGUGAUGACGAUAGAGAAGCUUCGGAUACUAUUCACUACGCCGGGUGAGCAGAACAUUACCAUGGAUUCCAUGUUUUUCAGCGCCACUCCUGCCGAGGUUCUGUACAACUUAGAAGUGCUGUACGCGAUGCUGAUGCCGGCUCUGGAUACCCUGUCGGAUAAAUCGUACGAGUUCCAAUACAGCUUCCUUACGUCGGGCGAGGCGCACAUCUUUUUGGAGAUGCUGACGAAGAACAACUUCAUGUCCAGCGCCGACAACACCACUCGCAGGUCGGCCUACUUGGUCGUCUUGAAGAUCUGCAAGCUUAUCCUGACGUCGGUGGCCCACGUGCUGGUCAGGCUCAGCGAAGACCACACGCCUCCGGAAAACGAGCCGGUUAGCGAGAAUACGACGACACCGGGGAUGUAUUUGAGGCAGGCGUUGAGAAAUGUGCCAGGACACUCGGAUCAUUUGUUACGUCAGGUGUCCAUAAAACUGUCACAGGGCCUGGCGCAGCUGAUGGUGGCAGAAACCGGGGGCACCGGACAAGCUCACGCUCUCUUCAGCCAGGCCCUCAACUGGGAACUCCCCGACCUAGCAACGACAUUGGCAUUAGUACGCUUAGUGUGGGCGGCCAGCAGCGACAAUCUGAGCGCUCUGAACGCCUCCCCCGAAACGCUUCACUCCCUCUCGGACCCCUGCAACCAGAAGACCCCCAUGGAUCUUGACAACGACGACAUCCUCCUGUGCAAGGAGGCCUUGGAACUGCUGAGUACGGCCGUGGUGCUCAACCCCAGCAGUCUGGAGCACCUCUAUCAGGAUAACUGGUGGCCUUAUUUCAUCACCGACCUAGUCCUCCUCAAUCCAAGCUGCGCGGUGCGGAUCGCCGCAGCGGAACAGCUUAUCAUCAUCUGUACUUGUGGCGCCGCCAGCCGAUUGGCUCUGCAGUUGAUUACGCCCCUGUUGUUCUCCCUGCUCAACUCCCUGGUCUUGGAGAACGCAAACACUUCGCAUGAAUUCUUUCAGCUGUUGUGCCGUCUAGUCAACGUAGCUUACCUCACCGGUUGCCCACUUUCCAACGCAGAGAACCUCUUGGCUAACGAGGUGGCCUGGCUCAGGAAGGCCAGGGGUAAAAACGAAGUGCUCAUAGAGGGACAUCUCAGUCUGGCCAAGGAGUUGCUCAGUUUCAUGUCGACGGAGCAGAAGUGCGAACUGGGCAGCGCCGAAUCGGGCAGCUUGAUCAAGGAACUGCUGGAGGACUUCCUGUUCCCUGCAAGUAAGCUGAUGUUGCAGCUCAGCAAGACCGGACAGCUUGGGGAGGAUCCCGCCAUACCGAUUUGCGAUACCCCGCAGACGCAAGCCGCUGCUUUCGAUCUCUUGAUUUCCCUGUGCUUGAAUUGUGUUCAGAAUUACAGGCAGUUAGUCAGUAUGCUCAACGAAAUGUUUUAUUCAGACCCAGAUUCUGCGAUAACCGAAUGGGACUAUCUCCCCGCCGUCGGCCCACGACCCUUCCAAGGUUUCGUUGGCUUGAAGAAUGCCGGGGCUACCUGUUACAUGAACUCCAUCCUUCAGCAGUUAUACAUGGUGGAUAGCAUAAAAGAGGGCAUUCUGGCUGCCGAAGGAGCUGCCACAGAUCCAAACGAGGAUUUCACAGGAGAGGAGAAGAUGGACCUGGAUUUCGAUUGCACUGACGAACGUAAUUGUCUAGACGAUAACAGGAAGGAUUACAACGUGGGAAUCCUUAAACAAGUACAAGCCAUAUUUGGCCAUUUGGCCUGUUCACGCCUUCAAUAUUAUGUGCCUAGGGGACUUUGGAGACAUUUUAAACUUCAAGGUGAGCCAGUUAACUUAAGGGAACAACAGGACGCUGUGGAAUUUUUUAUGUCAUUGGUGGAAAGUUUGGACGAAGCUUUAAAAACGUUGGGACACGAGCAGAUCAUGUCUAAAAUAUUGGGUGGGUCGUAUUCCGAUCAAAAGAUCUGUAAGGGAUGUCCACAUCGUUAUUCCAAAGAAGAACCGUUCAGUGUUAUUAGCGUCGAUAUAAGGAAUCACAGCAGCUUGCAGGAUUCUAUGGAGCAGUACGUUAAGGGAGAGUUGUUGGAGGGCGCCGACGCCUAUUACUGUGAAAAGUGUGCGAAGAAAGUUGUGACCGUGAAGCGUUUGUGUGUGAAGAAGCUGCCCCCCAUAUUGGGCAUCCAGUUGAAGCGGUUCGAAUACGAUUUUGAGAGGGUGUGUGCCAUCAAAUUUAACGAUUAUUUCGAGUUCCCCAGAGAACUGGAUAUGGAGCCGUACACGGUUUCCGGCCUGGCUAAAAUCGAGGGAGAGAUAAUAGACUGUGAUUCAGAUCCUAACGCGAGCGAAGUUUGUACUAAAUAUCGUCUCUCUGGUAUCGUCGUGCACUCAGGACAAGCUUCAGGUGGACAUUAUUAUUCAUAUAUCCGAAGCCGGGAUCCCUCUGGAGAGGUUAGGUGGUACAAAUUUGACGACGGAGACGUCUCGGAGUGUCGGAUGGGCGAAGACGAGGAGAUGAAAAUCCAAUGUUUCGGAGGCGAUUACAUGGGGGAAGUAUUUGAUCCCAUGUUGAAAAGGACCACGUACCGAAGACAAAAACGGUGGUGGAACGCCUACAUGUUGUUCUACACUAGGCACGACGUGGAAGAAGAAGCGAUAGUUAAGGCUCUUAAUCUGUUGACGAUUUCCGGUACGAGGAAGGAGACGCACUUAAAGAUGCCAGUGGCUAUCGAGAACAGUAUCAGGAAGCAGAACAUAAAGUUCUUACACCACCGAAGCCAGUUUUCGAUAGAAUAUUUCUCGUUUAUAAGGAAACUAGCCACCAGCUGCGCCCAGGGCAAUCCGCGGCAUAGCCAGGCACUGUCGAAUGAAAUGUUGGAGCAACAGUACCUACUCAGUGUUCAGCUAGUCAGUAAUUUUCUCUUUCACACUGGGUGGCACACCAAGAAGAACCUACGGGGGCCUGCGAUGGAAUGGUGUGAUGUGUUGUGCCUACACCUCCGCACUUCCGCCACGAUACGCUCCUGGUUCGCUCACAACAUGCUGUUCAACCACAUGAGUAGAUUUUGCGAAUACUUACUGAGCUGCCCCAGCAACGAGGUGCGGUCCGCCUUUAUAAAAAUAAUAGUCUUGCUGGCGCACUUCUCUAUAAACGACGGACCGUCUCCCCCUCCCCCCUCCAUCAAUAUCAACGAUCCCUCGGCGACUCUCAGCGAUCAUAUCCUCUGGGCCCUUCUCGCGCUACUCCAGAGGGAAGUCAGCGAACACGGCAGGCACCUGCCCCAUUACUGCACCGUUUUCCACAUGUACGCCAACCAAGGCAUCCAAGAGAAGGCCCAGUUGCUGAGGAUGAACGUACCGGCCACUUUUAUGCUGGUCGCGCUGGACGAGGGCCCGGGCCCAGCCAUAAAAUACCAAUACACGGAACUAGGGAAGCUGAACCAGUUGGUUUCCUGUCUCAUACGUUGCUGUGAUGUUAGUGGCAAGUGCCAGUCUAGUAAUGGCAAUCCCGUUCUACCCAACCCCUACAGAGACCCCACCUGCCCCGAUUACAUCAUGCCCAUAUCGCCACAGGCGGCGGAGAUAUUGUUUAAUCGUACCAGCUACAUAAAAAAAGUAAUCGAAGAUACUAAUCUGACCGACGAAGCCAUAAAGUUGCUGCAGUUCUGCUCCUGGGAGAACCCCCAUUUCUCUAGAAACGUGCUGUCGGAACUUCUCUGGCAGAUAGCUUUCGCGUACUGCCAAGAGCUCCGGCACCACAUAGAAAUCCUCCUGUCCGUGUUGCUGAUAGAAGAUUCCUGGCAGACCCACAGGAUACACAAUGCCAUCAAAGGCGUGCCCGACGAGAGGGAAGGUCUCCUCGAAACAAUAUCACGGGCGAAGAACCACUACCAGAAGCGGGCUUACCAGUGCAUCAAGUGUAUGGUGGCGCUGUUCAGCAAAUGCGGCCAGGCCCAGACGAUGCUGCUUCGGCAGGCGGACCUCCGCAGGUCCUGGGCCUCGGCGGUUGCCUGGCUGCAGGACGAGCUGGAGCGCAAGUACCCACCUAACGCCCAGUACGCCUACAACACGUGGUCGCCUCCCGCUCAGAGCAACGAGAGUUCCAACGGGUACUUCUUGGAGAGGUCCAACAGCGCCCGCAAGACGUUGGAGAGGGCGCUGGAGUUGAUGCCGGAAACGGAACGGGAGGAGGACGACGUGAGCGAGGAACAGGAGUCCCAGGAGGAGGUCACCGUGGAGACGCCUCAGACGGAGGAGAAUGCGUCGGACUUGCCCGAUGUGACGCAGAGCUGUGAGAACACCCCAAAUACUUAAUAGGUAAGCCGGACGUGUCGGUACAGAGGUCACGGCUGAAUUGUAUUCUGUGAGGAUUUGUAUUGCCUUUUUAACAGUUUUAUUACAACGUAGAGAUUUUUAUAGAGCCGGCCGUGGGGUCUGCGCCGCGUUGCAGCCGCAUGUAUAUUGGUUGACUAUUUAUUGAGAGAGGGACAUGUGAUAAUGUAUGUAUAUAAACGUAACUUGACGCAUUUUCUGAAUUUUUAUAUUGACCGGAAUGCAUUUCUGCAUAUACGUUCCUUUUUGCAAAGCAAGUCCCUUAAUAUAUUGAUUAGGAUAAAGUGAACCGCUCGAAAAAUGUAAAUACGAUUACUGUCCCGUUUUUUUUUUUUUUUCGUAGUUGUUUUCCAUCAGCCAUAAUGAAGAUUCGCCCGUUAGUUUCCGUUCCGAGUGCUUUAACCACGCGGCUCGCUGUUGGUACAGUAAUGUUGUUCAUAUGAUUCGAGUGCUUUAGUAGUUAGAUUACAGUUUGUCUUUAACAUGAAAUUCAAUGUAAAUACCUAGCAAAAUGAAAUUUAUGCUCUAUUAUUAUUAUUAUUAUUUAACUUUGUGAUAAUUUUUGUAUAAUAUAAUUCCUCCACCCGAAAAGUCAUAACCUAAUUUAACUUUUUAUUUAUAUAUGUCCUUAGCGUAACCUUAAUUUUACUAUUGUAUAUAUUUUUAAUGGAGUAAUUGAAAGUUGUCACGUAAUUUUAUUUACGGAAAUCCUGUUGCUUUAUAUAAUCCAAGUUAUGUAUAUAAUUUUUAUAUCUGUGAGAUAAUUGUUAUAAAAAUUAUUUGUUAAAUUUCGUUAUGGCUUUGGAUUGAACCAAAAUGUACAACUCGGGUUCAACGUAUCGUAUGUGUAAAUGGCACAUUUAUUUAUUUCGUAAUGAUAAAGUGACUGUUACUGGAUCACGAGAU